AUGUCGAUGGACGAGGGAACAGGGACAAACGAUGAUGAGACAUCCACAACUCAUAAGUCGUUGUCCAUUGGGCCCAACGAUCAUACUCACGAGGCGAUUGACUUGAGCUCAGAUGACGAUGAGACGAGUUCACAGCAUGCGUUGCAGCACGAGUCAUCAGAUGACGAUCUGUAUCCUGAUACGCACACUCCGAUUGGGCUGAAGACGAUGCCAGUGGAGGGCAAUAUCUCCCAUCAUGACAUUGUUGAUCAAAUGAAUAUGGAUUUCUCUGAACGGGUUCGAUCGUGGACUUGGCAUGAGAACUGA